AUGUUCUGCUCCAGUUUAUUAAAGGAUACUUCAGAUAUUAGUUCUUGCGUGGCUACCUUUGGAAACUCAUCUUUUGAAAUCACCACUGAAUCUCCUGCUAGAUCAGCAAUUGGCUAUAGUGAUAUUGGUAUCUCACAAUCUAUGAAUGAUAAUCAACCCAUUUGGAAACAGUCAGGCGUUGGUACAUCGUCUCAACACAAUCAGUCCUAUAGUAAUUUACCACAGACACAUUGUGGAUCUCUUCGAGUUUCGGGAAGUCCGGUGGUUCAAGAAAAUCUUUCCCUUUUGGAUUUGGCUCUAAGUCCAAUUGUGAACUCUGGAAUUGGUUCAACUCUGCCACCGUUAGGUAGUGGAGAGACACAUGGACAAGGUUCAGGUAGUUUGCAUCGUUCUGUCACUUGGUCCUCUCCAUUUUUAACAUCAGGAACAUCACCUCGAUAUCAAUAUCAAGCUGCUUAUAUUCAACCUAUUAAUCUAUGUCAACAAUAUUUGAAUGAUUCACAAAAAUCUUUAUCUGGACCAGCUUUUAUUCCAAAUACUAUAACACCUGAUUCUGGGAAAAAUGAUCGUGAAUUCAAUGAACGUUCAGAAGAUGAGUAUUGGAUGGAAAAUCAAGUUAGCAAAAGCAAUUUAGACCGUUGGACUCUAAAUCUUCGUAAGUGGCUUCAUGGUACAAUUAUACGUCGUAUUGUCAAUGAAAUUGACGCAAUCAAUAAAAAUCUUGAAGAAGCCGGUGGAGAUAAAACUCUUAUUGGUUCCACAAGUUUAACUACACUUCAACAAUUAUCCUCUCUUAAAUAUCAGUAUUUACCAACACUACCAGUGUUGUUAGCAUUUCUAGAUUUUAUGAAAGAUCAAGGAUAUUUAGUUAAUCGAUUGCAUGAAUUGGCUAGAGAAAGUUGUCUUCAAGAGUUUCGUUGGGAUUCUGGAUCGAAAAGUACUGAAUGGCCAUGGAAAGAACAUUUACCAUCUGAUAGUAUAAUUUUAUUGCAUUUAUUUGCUACUUAUAUGGAUACACGUAUGCCACCACAUCCUAAAUGUUUAUCUGGUCGUGUAUUCAGCCAAUUGAAUGUUGUACGACUUCCAGAUAAACCUGAUUUAAAAAGCAAGCAUAAUUGUCAAUUUUAUCAAGUCUCUGUACAACCACCACAAUUCAAAUUGGUAUUAAAUGGUAGAAUAUACAAUUUUGUUCCGGGUCAGAAAAAUAUCUAUCAUGCUAUUUUACUAUUCUUACAUUAUUAUGUAUCUAGAAAUGAAAAAUUCAGAUCUGUUUCACUUGGUCCAUCAGGUUUAAAUGUUGCAUGGAUAUUUUCCAAAAAUUGAUUGGAUUUCUCUUCAUAUUAUGUCAUAUCAUAUAUGUUGUAUUCUCUUCCUUGUUACUACUACUACUACAACUGCUACAGCUGCUGCAAAUAUUUAGAUGUAUAUUAUUGUAUUAAGAAAUAAAUUUUUCACAACUUCCAAUGAGUUCAAUAAGCUUCAUUGUAUAUUUGCUUUUUUUUUCUGGACUUUUCUG